AUGGAGAUGUUGUGGACCUAUCAUCUUCAAGACUCACACUAUGGGAUUGGCCUCCAUGGUCAGAUCCAACAUGUGGUUGCUCAGUUAUCGGCAGAACACUGCCGGGUGGAAUGGCACAUUUGGGAGUUGUCGAGCUUGUCUUCGACGAAUUGCUCUGCAUUCCUGGAGACCCUGAUUAUUCACCUAAUGGUGAACACUAAUAUCAUCACGCCUCCUGUCCAGUCUAGCAUGAUGCCUUCCCCCAGUAAAACGGCUCUACCUGCCGAUCUCAGCCCUAAGGUUACCAAGCCUCCUCACCCAGUAAUGAUCAAGAGGCCUCAACCACCAAGGGAACUUUCUUUUGCCAACUAUCAUGCCUCCAACAAGGUGGAAAAGGCUUCUAAGCCAGCUGCACCUGCUCCGGCACCCAGCUCAAAAAUCCCCGCACCUACUAUUCCGUUCUCCUUUCUAGCCUGCAUGCCUUAUGCACAAUCGCCUAUUUUAAGUACUCCGCAAAAGGCACAAGCUUCUAUAUUUCAUCAUGUGGGACCCAAGAAGGUGUCUCUGUCCCUCAAGAAACCCAUAGUCACAGCCAAAAAGCCGGUGAUCCCAGCUCCUCCUAUCACAUCUUACGAAGAUGAGGAGAUGGAAGGAGAAGAAGCAGAGGAGGAAGGAGCUGUGGAGGAGGAGUUAAUAGAGGAGGACUCUAGUCUUACUUCUCCACUGGUAAAGCUGUCCAGUGUUCCUGCACUGCCUCUUCCACCUGCUGCACCCUCUGAGAAGACCAAGGGAAAACAAAAGGCUGCUGUGCCUCCUUCCCCAUCACCACCACCUCAACCAGCUAAGCAAGGACAUGGACAACCCCCCAGUUUCAAAAACAAGAAAGGCCAGGGUGCCUUUAGCAUGCAAAAAUCUAUUCACAGCCAUCUCAAGGCCUCUAUUGUUACUGGACACUCAUGCACCAAGGCUGCAUCUGAGGCCUUAUCCUAUGAGGCACCUUCUCCCAACUCUCAAGACAAGAUCCCUGAGGAGGAGAUGGAGCCAGUACCCGAGGACAAGGAGGAAGCCAUGCAGAAGGGGGAUUCUGCACCUCAUGUCAUGGGUGAUGUUCCCAUUGCUUCUGGCUCUGGCAUGCCUGAGGAAGAACUUUCUUUGAGCAUCCACUCAGUCACAGUUGAUGAUACCGUGUAUGCACAUGCCUUCCACCCAUUGGUGGACCUCCAAUUUCAUGAGCCCCUGUCCUGUCAAGCCCUCGAGCACUUCAAGCUCUUGGCUUUACCUCCUGCUCCCGCCUCGCUCUCCAAGCCCUCAACUGAGAUGCACAAUGGCCAUCCUGCUGCGUUCCGUGCUCAUUCAGAUCUCAGUGCACAUAUCUUGCACAUGCCUAACAUCUUCCAUCCCUGCUUCAAUUGUAGCUUCUCCAGUUUCCCUGAGCUCUGCGAGUUCACUGGUGAAAUUGGCAAAGAGGCCUGUACCAAAUACAGGGCUAGCAGGCAUGGAAAAUGUUCUGCUUGA